UGCACUUCUUAUGAACACGAUGACCCGCUUUGAUGGAUACAACGCGCUACACCGUUCAAAUCCAUCGCCACUUGAUGCCAGAGUUUACGACAAAGUCAGGAUUUUUUUGUUGUUUAUUGGUUACAACAGAAGCAGACACACCCUGCUUGCAGCUUUGUUAGACGCUCAUCCACAUGUUGUCGUUGCCAAUGACCUUAACAUCCUACAGCAGUGGAUUACCAUGCCUGGAAUAUUUCACAGGAAAAAAUAUUUUAUCUAUGAGCUGAUUUAUGCCAAAUCACGGUAUGAUGUGAUGUAUGGUGUGCGCUCUAGAGCAGUAAACGGGGGCCCAGUACAGUAUCAUUACAACGUAAAGGGUCAGUGGCAAGGGAAGAUUCAUGAGAGUGUACAGUUAACAAAUGCUUGCCUAAAGAACCCGGAAUUACGGAAAGAUCCUUCAGAAGCUGAACAAUGUUUUAGCGAGUAGAUAAUAAAGAAAAGAGAGGUUAUUAAAACUGAAGAGAGAGGCUUUACGGAAAACAUUUUUAUUGAAGCAAUGGUAAAGGUAA